AAAUAUAUUCGGUCCAUCACAAGAGACGACGUACUAAUUUUUAUUGAAAAAGGAACCGAAGUUUAAAGACUACUGCUGAAAUUCGACCCGAGAAAAAUUCAUUCUCGCCCUAAUCAUACCUAAUUUUUCGAUUCAAAUCGUCAUCAAUGCCUCUCAAACGAUUUCAAAAGCCAGCAUUCGAAGCAGAGAAAUACCUGAAAAAAAUCGGGCUUGGAAAAGAAGAUCACCAUUUCUGGAAGCAAGUUGGCAAAGCUCUGCUGAAGACGUACGCGCUGUUCGGAGUAGUGUGGUUUCUGAACGAGACGUCGCCGUUUGGGUGGUGGACGCUGAAGCCGAUGCCCAAGGAGGAGAAGGAGCUCGCCCACCUCUACGAGCGCCGCGAGUUCCCUUACCCGGGCGACGCAGAGGCCAUGGAGGAGUUCGUUGCCAAGGGGGGAAUGAUCGGAACCACCAUCGGCCCAAAAGGGAUCAUUGAAACGGAUAAAGAUUCCUACAAUUUUCAGAAAGAUUUGCAGGACAAGAAGCUGGAUCAGGAGGCCUUGAAGCUGUGGGUGAGGAUGAGGAAUGAGGUUGUAUCUGAGCUGCAAGACAAAGGGUUUGAUGUUGAAUGACUGCACCACGUUUCAUUUGGAGUUGAAUUGUGGUGUUUUGGUGUGCUAAGAAGUGAAUAAUUAUACUCUUUGGUUUAGUUAGAUGGAGAAUUGUGUUGAUACUUUUUUAGAUGAGUUAGUUUAUAUGUGCGUCUAGGAAUAACAGAUUGCGGAUGUUUAAAACAUAAAAAGGGAUGGUGUGAAUAAUAUCGUUGUUGAGUGAUAUGUACUUUGUGAAAUAUAUUAUGGACUAGAUUAGGAUAUAUUUGAUAUAUUCUAAUACUAAGUAAGACAAUUCAAGUGUAAAUUCCUUAGUCGUAAUUGUUGACUCAAGUGUGAAUUCCUUAGUCGUAAUUGUUGACUCAAGUGUGAAUUCUUUAGUCGUAAUUGUUGACUAAGGAAGACAAGACAAUUUAGAAUUGUCUUCUUCGCUUAUAAAUAAGGGAGAUUGGUCUUACGAAUCAAUAUACGAAAAACACUAAGAGAGCACUAUAGUUUCAAUCAGAGAUUUCCUAGCUGUCGACGAUUGAAUCGUGCACUUAGAAUAGUUCCUGCAUCGAAUCGACAUACACGUGGAUACCUUAGUAGUGGAUUCACGGCAAGAAUCGAGACGCACGAUUACCACAUAACAAGUAAGUUAUUCUUAUUGUUGUGUGCCUAUCUCUACACAUGAUGCAUUUGUAAAUCUAGAUCUAAUCCUUGAAUGUAUAUUCCGCUGCGUAUCAUUAGAUGAUGUCAAGGAUAACUAUCACUUUGAUUGAUUUUAUUUGAAAUUAAUGAAUAUUUUUGUUUA